AUCAGACACAGUGAGAAAUUUUAAAAACAUAAUAAUAUGCCGCAUGUUUUUAUUAUAUUUUACACCGAAUAAAUAUAUUUAAUUAUUGUAUAUUUUAUUCAAAAAAACUUGUUUAAUUUCUUCAAAUUCAAAAUGAUAAAAACAGCUAGAUUGUUUUAUUCAACAAAGGCAUUAAGUGUGAAAAGGAGAAAUUCUUUACAAUUUUUGAAGAAAAGAAGAAAUGCCAAUCCUGGCAUUGAAAAUCGACUGAGAGAAUUGAGUGAAUGUGAAGAUGAAAAUUUUGAUUUGGAAAGUCUUAAGGAUGAUAUUGAUUACCGAGAACCUAACUUCGAUCAAGUUGGUCAAUCAUAUAAAAUGCAUAAGAGGGAAAUGGAAAUUAGGAAAUUGAAUAUAAAAACUAAAAUGACAAUAAACAAAUUUAUUAAAGAAGCAGAACCAAGUUUUCUAACAUUCGCUGAAAAGGAGCAAAUAAAACUUCUUCAUAGAAAUAAUCCUGAUGAGUGGACUAUUGAAAAAUUGAGUGAAAGUUUUCCAGCAUUACCUAGCACAAUAAAAAAAGUUUUAAAAAACGAUUGGAGUGUUAAAACAAAACAAAAUAUUUUAAAUUACGAUGAGAAAGUUGCCGAAAAUUGGAUAUCAUUUCGUGAUGGAGAAUUGUCCGUUAGUCCAAUGCUGACAAAACAUCUUGAAAAAUUCAGUGACAGAAAAAUUAUUCUCAGCCAUAAAGAUGAAUUGGCAGAGCAAUUUGUAACACCUAGAGCAGAAAUUCCAAAACCAACAAGUACAUUAUAUUUAACAAUUGCUAAGGCACUUUUAACGAGCAGCAAUGGAAGUGAAUCAAAUUCAAAUAGUAUCACCAGCAAUGAAAUGAAUGAAAAAGUUAAUCAAAAUUUUUCCGAAACUAGGGAGCAAAAUGAAUUUUUUGAAGAGUUUAAUAACCGUAAAGAUUCUAUUGAAGAUACUCAAUUUGAUGAAUUCAAUUCGUCCCCACCAGAAGAAGAAAUAAUUGCAAAUUCGACAAAUUUAUGUAAUGAUAACAAACGCAAUAAACGUGUGACUUUUGAUGAAUUUUUAGAAAGCAGUGUGCGUCUUAAGGAAAAUUCAAACACUAUCGAAGACAUUGUUUUAAAAAGUGUUUACAAAAAGGAAAUAGAAAAGAAGAUUUUAUUUGAAAGUAAAGUUUUUCCAUCAACAAAUGAAAUGUCUGAAGUUGAGGUAAAUGAAAAAUUACAAACUUCACAAACAAGUCGAGAAUUAAACAAUUCUAAAAAUUCUGAAAACAAUAAAUCUAUUUCGACACUCAAAACGGAACUGACUCCUGCAUUAGAAGAAAAAAAUUAUGAAAUUUCCUUGGGGUCAAAUAAAAGUAGCUUAGAAACUUGCGUAAAGGAAUGGCAUAAAAAGAAUAUUGAUGAUGUUGAAGUUGCAGCUUUUAUAAAAAUUCCACGACGACGGUAUAAAAUGGGAAUGACCUACAGAGUGAGAGAUUCAUUUUAUGAUGACGAUGGCACAUUUUUAUACCGGGUUCCAGGAUUACUCGAUUCGAAUUGAUUUAUACGACAGGACUGUAAUAUAUUAAGAUUUUUAGUUAUAUUUUGGAAAUAAUUCUAUUGUAAAUAAAUUUUCAAAAUAAAGUAACAUUAAAAUGUUAA